GUAAUUGCAACACAUUUUGAUUUUGCCUACACUGCAACAUUCUCACUUUGACCUCGACACGGCUACUCACACACACAAACCUUGCAUUGCCGGUCGGGCAUUCCCCCUUCAAGUCCUCCAGCCACCCUGUCGGUACCCCAUUUUUACGCUACCACGGUCGUAGUACCGAGGAGUCAAAACACCUCCGAACCCAGGUCGACCCAGGUCGACCCAGUCACUUUGUGAUCCACACCGUAACCCACCGAUACGACGACAGGUGCCACCCAUCGUCCAUUCACCCUUGGCACACCGAGCUGUCCCGACACGCCCGAAUCCCAGUCCCGGGGAUUUUCGCCAUCCAUCCUUCAAUCUGGUAUCCAAGAAAGCACGGGGAAGGGGCAAAUUUGGUCUUUGGUCGCUCCGGAUCCUUGAUUCCUCGUGGAUUGAAAUACUCACACUCCCCCCACAAACCGCCAUUCCUGAAGCCCUUCUGCCAUAACACAUCUACACACCGUCGACACACCUUCAACACCCUCAAAAUCCUCCCUCUCGACUCUCAAACACUCUCGUGUGUCCAAGAAACAAUCCCCCGGCACUCCCACCCAUACCAAUUACCGGCCUACCACUUUACCUCAACUCGGUCAUUUUCCCCGACCGCCGCUCAACCCUGACUGCUGACAUACAUUGCAUCACCACCCGAAAACAGUCAGCGCGUCCUCCCAUCCGAUACCCUGGCUGCAAACAGAGGAUAUCACCCACCGACUUUUACACAGUCAAAACACCUUCACCAUCUUCCACGUUCUUCAUCUACUCUCUGUCGUCAUCCUGUCGACGCCAUGUAUUUCUCAUCGCCCACUAGCAACAUUACUCCUGCAUCCACAUCAGUAGCCAUGUCGAGAUCAGAUUCACGCGACACCACCUACUGCAACGCCAACACGUACUCAUACGCUGCUACCAGCGCGUAUCUGGCGUUGAGCAAUGCAUCCCCCAACUCACAACCACUCAUGAGGUCAGAUAGCAGCUCAUCAAGUACUGCAUCGCCACUCUUCUCUGCCACCACCAUGCGACGAGACAGCAGCAACUCCAGUUGGCUACCCAGCCCAUACCGAUCAUGUCUCUCAUCCUUUGGCGCAGAACCCAGCUCCUAUCUCUCUGAUGACGACCUUCUCUGCUCUGCCGAUGAGUUGUCUCUUCCCGUCGAGACCAUCCCCACCCCCACUCCCAAGAAGGAACUCACCACCGAAGAGCAAGUCGCCAUGUUACGUGAGCUUCAAGAAAAGGAAGCCGCCUACCACCACCACCAUCACUCGGCACAUCAAUCCGAGUCACGACGCAAGGUCGUUCGCUUUGCUGGCCCCACCGAGGGCUCAUCCAGAAGGUCUAGCACCGUCAAACGACGACAGACUUCGGUCAGAAAGGGACUCAACCACCUCAAUGGACCUCAGUAAUUGUGCAUGCACUACAUUGCAUUGCAUUAUCAGGUCGAGGCUGGCCCUCACCGGACAUCAUCCAUCUGUUUGAUCAUUUGACUUGCUUUACCUUGUUUGCCUAGCGAGCGUGUGCAGCGAAAUUUUUAAUCCUCCUACGGGAUUUUGGGCAUUUCCAAGCGUGCAUAUUUGCAUCAUCCAUCGACCCAAGGGCGAUGUCGAUAUGGAAAUGGAAUGGGUUAUGGACAACGAAGCUUAUGAGCUUCCAUUAUUGCGAUUCAUGAAUUGGUCGAGUACGCUCCCAAUCAGUAUUAUUACUUAGUGACAAUUAUAUGAUUAUACCAC